AUGUACGAGCAAGACUUCUCACCGAUGGACAAGUCCAUCUUUUAAAAAUAUGAACCUACAAGUUUAUUGUUUUCAGAUGCUUUUAGAGCAAAUUACGCUUACAAUUCUCCUUCUGCAGCUUUAUAUGCAAAUUCCCCCUUAGGAGGAUUGGGAAGCAAUUUCGCUUCUCAAAGCCAAUAAUAUGCACAAAGCACAUUUGCAGCAGUUGCUUUAAAUGCGCUGAAUAAUGUUCCACCAUCCACAUCAGGAAAUGCAGUACAAAGCACAUUUGGUCUUCACCAUCAUCAGAAUCAGUUAAAUGAGAAUACGCCAGUCCGCUCCGAACACACUUCCUUAGAGGAAACGUAAAAUCAUUUGGAGGAAUAGAACAGCGCAGAAGAAGAACAUAUUGCAGCGCUGUAGGCUCAGCACAAUGUGCAGAGUUCUUCUACUAUUCCAAAUUAUCCCAACUACAACAGCUCCAACAACAAUAUUAACUCUGCUAUAAAUAGUAAUAACGUCAUCACAGGAAGCACAAAUAUCAAUAUCAAUGGCAGUAACAGUAUGAAUUUCUCCGCUCAGCAGAAUUUUAUUCUCAAGAAGCAUUUGAAUGAUCAACCACAUCAACAACAAUCAUAACAAAACUAAAACUCCCAACUUCUGAUUCCAAGCAUUCCUACUAGUUCAGCCACGGGGACAUCAGCAGGAGCAGCAGUAUAGACAUAAGGAGCAACAGCAGGAGCAGCUUCUGCAUAAUUUAUGGGAAAUAACUAAGCAUUUAAAUUUUAGUAUCAAGCUUUUGAUGAAAAUCUUUUAUAAGCUCAUUCUAAUUAUCCAGGAACUCCAUAUUAUGAGAGCCUUAAUCAAAAUAAUGAUAAUUAAAACAGUAUUAACUACUAAUACAAUUAACACACUAAUUCUCCAAACUAUUCUUACUAACAAGCACCAGCUUAAAUCUAGCCAACUCCAACCCAUCAAGCAGUUACUGGCUCAUAACAAAACUACUCAUUUUCAACUGCCUAAUCAAGUUUUAAGAAGAGCGGUUUACCAGCUAACUUUUUCUAUGACUCUCCUCGUAAUUAUAGUACUAACUUCUUGCCUUAUACUCCUCCUAUAGCUUAAUAAAAUGCCCAAUCUGGGUUUUCUUAGUUUAUUCAGAAUCAGUAAUUCCCUACAGAUAUUAGUAUUAAAUAACAACAAAUCUUCCCUGAAUAAGAUGAAUGUUCCUCUUAUCCUUUCUUAUCAACUCCUGUCCAUUAAAUUGAAUAAUAAUAAAACUAGUAAUAAUCAUAACAACAACAGUCCUUAAUUCCUUAAUCUUAAUCUUAAAAGAGUGGAUUAAAUUUACUCUAAAAGCAAUAAUAACUCUAAUAAAUGCAAAGAUAUCACCAAGAAAAGGCAUAAUUGUAACAAUAAUAAAUGUAAUACACUGAACAAGCAUUACUUGAAUAGUAAUAACAUUAACAGUAGUAAAUUUAAAAUCAGACACAAUAUUCUAACUUUGCUCAUCAUCCUUAAUAUAUUUAGUAGCAAUAGCAAUCCUAAUUUUCGAAUUUACUGUUACCUGGAAAUAAACUGAUUCCAAUUCAACCCUGUCCCCUAAAUAUUAAGUAAACUACUUAAGAUGUUAAUAAAAUGACAAUUCAAGCAGCCAUGAAGGGCAAAGAAUAAGCAGAUGGAUAAAAUUACUAAGAGACUUAAGAAUCUAUUGAGAAUGAAGAUGAAGAAAAUGGCUAUCAUAAUGGAGAUGAAUCAGUAGAUGAAGAUAACUAAGAUGGAGAUGAUGCUGAAGAAGAAGAUGAUGAAGAAUAUGGUGGAUAAAAGAAGAAAGGAAAUAAUGGAUCCAAUAAAAUAAAAAAGGGAAUUUCAAAGAACUAGCGUAGAAAUAAAAACACUUCAAUUAGUGCUAUCAGCUCUUCUUCCUUACAAAACUAAACAAAUAACGGAAGUUCCACUAAAAUGAGUCGCAAAUAAAUUAAUGAAACCAAAAAUAUUCCUAAAAACUACUCUAAAGCUAUUAUAGGAUAUAUUUAGAAGCAUCCUGAUGAUUGCGCUCGUUUAUUAGGACCCGAUUACAGCUAUGAUGAAUUCGACAAAUUCUUGAUGGAUAAGAAGGAAAAACUCACUGCAAUUAAGGAUUUGAGAUCUUUAUGGACUACAAACUGUGGUGAUUAGACUUAAUAAGCCUUUAAUCGUGUCUUCCGUAUCUUAUCAUUUAAAUUCUUUAGAGAGAAUGCUGUUUCCUAUAUCUAUUCUUCCAGAAAAAUAAAAAAUACUCGUGCUCUAAUUACUUACAGAUUCAUUUUAUAAAGAGCUCUCCACGACCCUGAGUCAUUCUCCUUUAUGAAGUUCUAAAAUUGA